AUGUUCGUGAAACCGGAGACCCUGGAAGUGAAGGAGGAAGAAGGGCUCCUUGACACCCGGUCCGUGCCUCCUCCUCCUCCUCCUCCUCCUCCUCCUCUUUCUUCCUCUUCCUCCCUCGCGCCUUUCUCGUCGGGCUCCGAGGGGGAGGACGACGAGGAAGAAGAGCCGUCCCACCUCCUGUCGCCCUCGGUUUCAGCGCCCGAGGCGGCCGUGAAAGCGGCGGAGCACGCGCGCCUGCCCCAUCUCGGCUUGAGACGGCACGACUGUAAGAGGCGCUCCGGCCGGGCGCGAAACGCCUCCCGCCUCACCAAGACGGCCGAGACGGUCCAGCGGCUCAAGAAGAGCCGCCGCCUGAAGGCCAAUAACCGCGAGCGGAACCGGAUGCACAAUCUGAACGCGGCGCUGGAUGCCCUGCGGGAGGUGCUGCCCACUUUCCCGGAGGACGCAAAACUGACUAAGAUCGAGACGCUGCGCUUCGCUCACAACUACAUCUGGGCGCUCACCGAGACGCUCCGCUUGGCCGACCAUUGCGGAGGCGGCGGAGCUGCCGCCGCCGCCGCCGCCGCCGCCGCCGCCUUCUCGGAAGCAGUGCUGGGCAUGCUGGGCAGUAUAAGCGGCGGCGACGGCCACGGCAUUUCUCCCGCCUCCUCCUCGAGCUCCUGGAGCUGCACCACCAGCCCCGCUCCUUCGGCCAGCUCCUCCGCUUACAGCUGCACUUUGUCGCCCUCCAGCCCGGGCAGCUCCGCCUCGGAGUUGGACUUCUGGCCCCCGGAAAAUGCCGGCUACGUGCUGUCCAGAGACUUAAUCUGA